UGAUAAAUUUCAUAACUAAGAUUAGAUGAUUUGAACAAAUCAAAGCGGUUAAAAUUACUGUAAUCGGUAGGUUUACUAAAUCAAGUUCGAAAGUUCAAAUCACCAAUGGCGAGCGUGUUUUACGAACAAAACAAAGAACAAAAAAAAGCCUAAAAAAUCAAAAGUCAAAGAAAAAAAAAAUCAAAAUUGGUAGUUGAUUUUAAUUCAAACGAUACAAAUUUAAAGCUCGAAUUACCACAAACCGAAACUAUAAACACGAAAAUGGUGUCUCCUAAUUCUGCGAUGGCUGACAGAUGUGUCGCCAUUGUUUUAGAUCCUGAUGUCCAUAUAAUAAGAUGGAUUGCCGGGUCAAAGCACCAGACGUGGCUGCAUGCAAGCGCUUUGAGGAGCCCCACCAUUUCCUCCCAUCGAAGUCUUCCCUUCCUUCUCCUCCUACAAUCCUUUUGCCUUCAUCCUUUCUCAGUCUUCUUCGGCCUGCUCGCCCCGCGUUGGAGAGAAACCAUGGCGAAUUCGGCGUCGGGAAUGGCGGUGAACGAUGAGUGCAAGCUGAUGUUCUUGGAGCUGAAGACCAAGAGGAUCUACAGGUUUAUCAUCUUCAAGAUCGACGAGAGGAUACAGCAGGUGGCGGUGGAGAAGCUGGGUCAGCCCGAGGAGACCUACGAUGACUUCACGGCCUCCCUGCCGGCUGAUGAAUGCCGCUACGCCGUCUUCGACUUCGACUUCGUCACCGACGAGAACUGCCAGAAGAGCAAGAUCUUCUUCAUAUCAUGGGCACCUGACACCUCGAGGGUGAGGAGCAAGAUGCUUUAUGCAAGCUCAAAGGACAGGUUCAAGAGGGAGCUUGACGGGAUACAGGUGGAGCUGCAAGCCACAGAUCCCAGUGAGAUGAGCAUUGACAUCGUGAAGGCCCGAGCUCUAUAAGAGCUUCUGACCUUCUCACGAUGAACUGAUGAGUGAUGGACAUGUCUGUGAUGCCAUUAGGCUUUAUGAGCCAUGUCAAAGAAUUGUUGUCUUUGGAAGUCAAUUUCUUCAUCGAAGUUUCAAGGAAUUAUAAAGCUGUCUUUUGCUCUUUCUUUCAUAUGUAUAUUAAGUUUCACAUCAACGGGAUUA